GAAGCUACCAAUUCAUCCUUUGUUUGGAGGUGGGGCCUGUCGGUGGCCCGGAUGCGAACGGGUGUUCGACGAAUUCGAUGACUUUUACCAGCAUUUGCAGUCAGAUCACAUUAAUGGAGAUUAUUCGGCCGCCCAGGCACGCAUUCAGAUGGAGGUGGUCUGUCAGCUGCAUCUGCAGUUGCAAAAGGAACGGGAUCGUUUGCAGGCAAUGAUUCUACACUUGAACAAGAAAAACGAAAUGGCUCGGAUUCCGAUGGCCGGCGCUGGUCCGUUCGCGCCGCAGAUUCCGCCUCCACCACCACCGUACGAGCUCAUCGCUGGAUUGCGCUUUCCACCUGCAGCGGCAGCUGUUGCGGCAGCGGCCGCUGCAGGAAGCGACGGCGCCAUGGCAGAGGUGGCGCUACAACUGACGAGCAAACAACAUGCAGCAAUGCAUCACCAUCAGCAGCAGCAACAUUCGCACAACCAUCAGCAGCAACAGCAGCACCAGGGCGGACGUGGCAGCAAGGGCGGAUCGGGCGGCGGUAUUCGCGCGAAAUAUUUCGCUUCGUCGCAGCAGGAGUCCGACGCUGGAGCGAACUUCAAGGAGAUAAACUAUCCGGACGUGCAGGACGGUGAGUUUGCGGAUGUGCACAAAAAUCGGGAGUUUUACCGCAGUCACGAUGUGCGGCCACCGUUUACGUAUGCUUCGCUGAUUAGACAGGCAAUAAUCGAGUCACCGGAGAAGCAGCUCACUUUAAAUGAGAUAUAUAACUGGUUCCAAAAUACAUUUUGCUAUUUUCGAAGAAAUGCAGCGACUUGGAAGAACGCCGUCCGGCACAACCUGUCACUGCACAAGUGCUUCAUGCGGGUCGAGAACAUCAAGGGCGCUGUCUGGACCGUGAACGAGGCAGAGUUUUGCAAGCGACGGCCCCAAAAGCUGGGAAUAAUGCAGUUUAAAUUUCAGAACGCCCCCGCCCCCGGCCUGCUGACGACGGGUGGCAAGAAGCACAAGGCGGCGCUGUCGGGUCCCCAUCCGACGCCGCCCAUUGCCGCCCUUCCGGCGACGAUUCCGUCGCCCACGGCUUCGUCCCUGGCGUCACCGUCGCCCGCGCUGUCGAUGGGCUUGAAAUCCCCGCCAGGUGGUUUCUACUACAAACGCUACUUGCUUAAGGUGCCACGUGUGAGUGCCUCUCAAGAAGUGACACCGAGGCAAAACGCUAUCCGGACGAACCUUUCGCUGCACAAGUGCUUCGUCCGGUACGAGGACGAUUUCGGUUCGUUCUGGAUGGUGGACGAUCACGAGUUCCUGAAGCGGCGCCAUCUGUCGCGGGGGAGGCCACGCAAGUACGACAUCACGAUGUCCCUGGAGGCGGAAGAGCACGGCAGUGGGCCGCCCGGUUCCGGGUCGAUGUCCGGUGGGCUCCAUCCGACCACUGCCGGAAACACGGGAGGCCCCGGGGGCGCCGUUCACGUGGGAGGUUCCAUCGAAGGAACGACACCGCCCCCGCUGAUCGGGACAAUGUGUUACGAGCCCGGGGGAGCAUCCGAGCGGGUUCCAAGCGUUGGACUAAGGUCUCCCAAGACGGAGUUCAUCAGACGGUAA